AAGCGAACGUUUGGACGUUCUCGCGCACGCGGUCUUUCGAAACAGUAUUUUUAGAGAAGUGAGUCGCUGGCCGCAAGCGGCGACGGUAGUCAAGUGUCGCCGUUGACCCUAAGGAAAUCGAACCCUGCGAACCAUCCACGAUUCGGAUGACCACCGACACCUCGCAGCUUCUAUUUCGAAACAGAUCAAACGAAGCUCUUGUAAAUCACGACGUCAACGAAGAGAUUAGCGUUUGCUAGUAGAAUAAGUACAGUAUGGGUGCGGCUGGCAGUAGUAGCAGCGCACCGUUCUCGUCGGCAGCUUUGAGGAGACAAAGCGAGGAGACGUUUGUCUACGGGACGGAGGAAUCCUGCUGUCCGGAAUACGCGAACGAAAAUAUACGACAAAGGACGAGGACCAGCGCGUUCGACGUGGGUGAAGAACCUCGAUCGCAGGGUCCAAGUCCUUACACGACCUUCAGAGGCGAAGAACGUUCCAGUCAAAGACCAUCAGCACCGAGUUUGUCGAACUUGCGAUCCCCACGACGAGAAACUUUGUUGACGUACGCCACGCAGAUGACAGGUUGGCAGACGGCCGAGGAACAUAGCCCUUCGUUCUCUCAGCAGAACCAAAAGGCUAUGGAGGUGAUCUCGCAGCUUGCUAUGGCCAAUCAGCAGCUGGCUUCCGCGAACACGGCGACUUUAGCCAAUUUGGAGGCACUGUACAUGGAGUUAUCGAGAGAAAGAGAACUGAGAAGACGAGUGGUUUCGUCAGAAGCGCUGGACGAAGCUUUGAGGAAGAGACUGACGAUGGACGAGGAAAGAGAUGACGAAGAUGAAGAUGAAAGGCGUAGGAUGGAGAUUAGGAUCGACAGAUUGGAAAGCCUCUUAAGGAAGAUUCGUUCGAGGAUAGAAAGGCUGGAGAUGGUGGUGAAGACUCGAGGAUUCGAUAGAGAAGAUGAAAGACAAAGUUCUACGAGUAUCUGUGAUUCAAAGGAGAUUCAAGACUCGAAUUGUCGACAGACAAUCGAUGAUCUGUGUGAUAGGCUUCCAAAUAGCAUCGAAGUACCUGAACACGAAUUUAAAACGCAAGUGGACGAGGCUCGAGCAAAGACUGUUUCUAGAGUAAGCGUCGCGUACGUUGAGGAAGAUGUUAGAAGCUCCAAGUGGAACGAUGGUGAUCGUUCAAAUUUGCAUUUAAAGAAAUCGAAGGUUGAAGCGAGAGAAGGUAGAUUAGAGAAUGAAGUGGAACAGGGUGUAGAUAAGAAAGAAGUGACGAGGUUGUUGGAGGAAGUCGAAAGACUGAUGACUGAGCGAUCAGAGUAUCAAUGUGAGAACGAGAGGCUGGUGAAAGAGCUGACGGAGGAGAAAGCGAUAGUGAAGAGGCUGACGAAUGCUUACAAGGAAGCAAAAACGCAACACGAGGAAGUGGAAUCGAGGUUGGAAGAGCGCAGACAAGAGUACGAAAAUUUAAUGACAAAGUUCGACGUCGCUACAAAGGAAACGGAGAGAUUGUUGAAGGAAAUCGAUAACUUUAACGUGUUAAAGGGCACUGCCGAAGCGAAGAUCUCCAGUCUCGAGCAAGAUCUGCAGAAGUCGUUGCUGGAAAAGGAGGAAAUCAUAAAUAUCGAGAGCCAGAGGUCUUCGGAAUUAAAAGCACAGCUGUCGGAAGAGAUAUCCGAUAAGAAGAAGCAGAUAAAGGCUCUCGAGGACGCUUUGGACGAGAUUCAAAGACUGAAGGAGACUAUCAAGACUGAGAGAAAGGGCGAGGAUGAUGACGAUCUGAAGGAAGACGUUGGUCCAAUUGAAUCGAUAGACGAUCCGCAAGAAAGUCCACCUGUCGAUCGCACGACGAACAUCGAAGAUUUCAAAAAGGAAUUGAUCAUGAAGAGGGAGGCAAGGCAAAGAGCAAUAGCAGCAGUUUCGUCGGAAAUGGAGCGGCUUAGACGAGAAUUAGACGCGGAGAAGGAGGCUCAUUCGGAAACUUCGAGGAUGUUGGAUCUUUUAAGGUCCGCGCAGAAAGAUGAACAAGCUCAAACAAACGCGGCAAAUGACAGAUUGAAGAAGUGUAGAGAGAAAGAUCAGAAAGCAAGCGAACACGAAUUGGCCGCGCAACGUCUUGAAGCUCAACGACUAACGAGUAUUUUAAAGAUAUCCGACGAGCUGAGAAACGACAUUCGCAUUCAAAUGGACAAGGUGGACGAUCUGCGAUACCAUUUGGAGACUGAACCGGAUCAGCAUCGGUACCGCAUCCGUUGCUUGUCGGAUAUAACCAACCGGUCACGAGAGGCCGUUUACUUCAGGGAACGUGCUGCCAACGAUCUGAAGGACCAUCUAGCAGAAAUUCUGCUGCAACUUGGGGACAGAAGCUUCUUAGAACAGAAGGACGACGUUGGUCUGGAGUGCGAACGUCAGCUGGAGAAUAUCAAUAGCUUGAAGAGCCUCUACAAUGAGAGGCUGAAAGUGCUGAACGAACUGAAGGAGACGGCAGUGAGAGAGUUAGCUGAAACCAGGGUCAGAUUGGAUCACUCGUUGAAAAAGUGCGAGUGCUUGGAGGAGGAUCUAAAGAAGGCUGACGAGAAGAUCGACACGCAGGAUACGGAAAUAUCAAAUCUGGAGUCGCAGUUGGGACUCACCAAAGCGGACUGCAGAGAUCUUCAAAAUCAGAUGUCUCUGAUUAAUAGCCUGUUUACGCAGAUGCUGUUAGGUGCUACCUCUGCCGACAUGGAUCUCGAUCGAUUGACUCAGUUACUUCAGGAGAAUCACGACCUGAUCUGCAACAUGGCGAGAGAGGAAGGCACAGAGGCCGCCGCGCUUCCCAAGCUUCUUCUCGAUUUAAUCGAGCAAGUCGAGGGCAGCAAACCGUCCCAGAAACGCGCUGACGGAGAGAACGGAACCGAGGUCGAAGUAGAGAAAAAGGAAGAUGACUUACAACAAGAAGACAUAGCUCACAAUCUACCUAAAGUUUGGCGUGUCUUGUUGGAGUUGCUGAGCUGUCACGCAGAAUGUGCUCCGUCUGCUUCAGCGGCAUCCUCUUCGGAUCCCAAUAUCUGUUACAAGUCAGUCGAUACUCCAGCUGGUCCCAGAUUGGUGAUUUCAGUCAGCAAAACGUAUAUUCGUCUGAAAGAAUUAAUAUUAGAAAAGAAACACUUGGAGAAGGAGAUGAAUCGAAUGAAACAGUUGAACGUCCAUUUAGAAUGCAAACUCGGUGAACAGGAAAAGCGAUUAUCAACGGUGUCGGCGGAAUUAAGCAAAACCUGGACAAUAGUCGAUCGAAUGCAAGCACAACAUCAUCAGUUGCACACGCACGAGAAGAUUCUUCGAUACGAGUUGCAGCAGAAACGAAAAAUGUUACAGGAAUUGAAACAGGAAUUGGAAUACUGCCGCGAGAAAUGGGAAUCAGCUAGACAGAAGAACACGAAUACGGAAUUAGAGUGGAGAAGUUUGAGAAGAGAGUUUGCAGCCAGAAAAGCUCUGGCUUCUCAUGAUUCUUUCAACAAUAGUGCGGAAAGUGGGUUCAGCGAUGAACGAGGGGACGAUACCGACGAAGAAGACAACGCCGUGGAAGGAAGAAUUAGAUUAGGUCCACGCAGAAGACCGCGAAAGGAGAGUCCUCGAGCACCAACACCAGACACAGAAUCAGAGCAACCGACUGACACCGAGCUAUCCGAGCCAAAGACAGGUUCCUCAGCGACACUUGAGCAACGAACGCCUACUCCAGAAACAGAAGCAGAGCUAGACGAGACAGAAAUCGCGGAGGUAACUCUAAAUACUGAAUCCACAAACGAGUCACCAUUGAUCCCAGGAAGUCCACAAGAAUCGCUAAAUCCGCUGGACCAGGCCUUGACAAACGUCAUCCAGAAUCUCAUAGGAAUCGAGAGCAGUAUAAACGUGACGUCAGCAACCUUCGAAGCUGAAAACGAUGAAAAUGUGACAGAAGACAUGAAGGGUGAUCAUAUGGUACCAACCAUCGAAUCUUGGUCUACAAGUCUUCCAGAGCCUGAAGGAGUCAUCGUGAAAGUUGUCAACAAAGCUAUCAGUCUUAAUGCUCCAGUACAAACUCACAGUGGAUCGUCGUCGAUCGCAAUGGAAGAUGCUCGAAGCACGACGAAUACGGACGGUGAGAAAGAAAAGAACGAAGAUUCCUCAAAAUUGUCCACAUCCUAUGUACCUAGUGCAACCAGUGUAGUCAACACACAGCCUGUAUUCUCUAUCGGGCCCUUUCCUCCGUCCAGCGUGGCACCUUCGAUCGUGAAAAACGUCCAAUUCAGCGAUCCCUUGAUCGUCGGUCCAUCUAAUCGAUUUUUUGCUCCAGUUUUCGGCGCGUCGUUGUCAAACGGACAAGUUUCCUCGUCUUUCGACAUGCUGACAAGCGAGGACGCGGUGAGCUCUAAGGAAAAGCGACCCACCAAACCAAUGGAAAGCGUUGUCGAUUCGGAUAACGUUUCUGUGGGCUCUUCGUCGAGCAUAGAGACUGUCAAAGAGUUUGCCACGACAGAAACAGCUUCGUCGAGUUCACCAGGUGAAAUUGGAAAACGAGACGCGAGUUCGGCAGAAGCUGGUGGAUCUGGGAAACAGGAAGACAAGGUUUCUGGUGCAAAGAAUAGGACACCGGAAGAAGCUUUAGCUGCCAGGGAAGAUAGGUUGAAAAGGUUGGAAGAGCAGGCGAAAUGGUUGAUGAAUAAGAUGAACGCGACCAAUAGAAGAGGUUCUGCGUUGAGUACUAGGUUAGAGGAGCUUCAUGAAGUCUAUGGGGAACCUCCUGUUCCUCCUCCCAUGCCUGAUGUCCUUCCUAGUCGAAGGUUAAGGACUACUUUGUCGGAUCUACCUCGUCAGGUACCUGAAUCAUCGACCACCGAGGAUGCCAAAAAUACCGAGAAGCCCGACUCGAGUGGCGUUCCUAACGAACCACCACCCGAUAACACGUCUUGAGACGCCUACAAUUUUUAAUCGUUCGUUUACGUCGCGUUUAUUUCUGUCGUGCACAGAAACGUGAAGAACACGCUUGUUUGAGUCUCGUCUCGAAAAACGUCGGCUCGUGUCGGCUCUCGUUUCCAAGAGGAAUUAUAUAAUUUUAGGAUGAUUUUAUCUUUUUGGGCUCAUCCUAUAUAUUUAAAAAAAAAAAGAUACGUAUUUUUCACGAACAAAACGUGUCGUCUUGUCUAAUAAUUAAAUCUACGUAAGAAAUGUACUUUGUCUUCGUAAUUUAAGGAAAGACUUUGAAACAUAUCAUUGUGAUUCAAAGCUAUCGAUACGAAUAUUUCUACUAAACUUCCUUUUUCUCUUUUUUCAUGCUCCAAUAUUUUUAUUAUCAAUAUACCAUGAAUUUAUCGAUGUAAAUAACAUCUCGUUGUUCCUAACCGAGAUUCUGUAUGUGAUCAUUCUGGAAUCCGUUCCUGUUUUGUACCUUCUACAAAUUGUACCUACUAAUUUCGCUGUAUAAAUAAAGAUUCCUUGAAAAAGCCA